GAAGCUGAAGAAAUGGCGGCAGCGAACUCCGAGUGUGACUUUGAGCAGGGCAAUGCUCAGAAACCGAGUUCCGAAAAAUUGGUGUUAUUCUCGUCCACCGGUUCCGGCUUCGGAAUCUUUGACGAUGCUGCACAAGUUCCUGCUAUUCCGCCUCCUCCCUGCAUUGAAGUACUCAGCUCUGAGGUUCCUUCUUCCGUUAAACAUAAUGUGGAGUCAGUAAAUUUGGAUGGGGUUACUUUGUUAAAGGGGCGGGUAAAUACCCAACAAGUUUUUGGUUUAUCCAACUCUGAUUUAGUUCCCGGGAAAUACGAAGGAGGACUGAAGCUUUGGGAAGGUUCACUUGAUUUAAUUAAAGCCCUUCGUUCAGAUAUCAAUAGUGGGCUUAUCUCAUUUGGCGGAAAGCGAGUAUUAGAGGUCGGAUGUGGUCAUGGACUGCCUGGAAUCUUUGCAUUGCUUGAGGGGGCAGCUGCUGUACAUUUUCAAGACUUCAAUGCUGAGGUUCUACGAUGCCUAACCAUUCCCAAUUUAAAUGCAAAUCUUUCUGGAAAAUCUCAUACAUCAUCAUCAAACUUGACAAUUCUUGACAAGGCUGAAGUUCGCUUUUUUGCUGGUGACUGGAGUGAAAUUGAUAAACUGCUCCCUUAUGUUAGUACAGGUGAAAAACAUGAUAAAGAUGCUGGUUAUGACUUUAUUCUGAUGGCAGAGACAGUUUACUCAAUCAACAGUCUUCAAAAUCUUUAUAAUCUUAUCAAGAAGUGCUUGCAACAUCCUGAUGGAGUUGUAUACAUGGCUGCAAAGAAGUAUUAUUUUGGAGUAGGUGGUGGAUCUCGGCGAUUUCUGUCUGUGGUAGAAAAAGAUGGUGUCAUGACUAGUAGCCUUGUUGCUGAAAUCACAGACGGUUCAUCUAAUGUGCGUGAAGUAUGGAAGCUUGCAUUCAAGUAGUACUAUUAUUUUCUUUCUUCACCGUUCAGACUAUCCCCGGUUUGGUUGAUCAAAAUCGGUCAUGUACAAGGGGACUGUUGGAAGGGUGAUGAUGGGUUGAGGAACAUGUUGGUUUAUAUCCAAUUGAGGGAUCAUUCUUGUUUUGGUAAUGAUUGUAGGAACUGUAUGAUCUAGGGUGAAUCUCAUCCCUCAUUUCAUGAUAUACUUGUAUCAGUUGUAUGCUUAUAUUGGGCUUGGUUUUUCUCUGUCAACUGUAUUGUUGUUGGUAAUGUA